UCCAGACUUUGUUCAAGGGCCUACUUGCCCCACUCCAGAUACGGUACUGGCGGGAAGAACACCGCGUUUACUGUACACAUGUUAUCAUACAUACGAGCAUGUCAGGAUACGCGCUAUGGCAGAUGUCAAAGAGAAGUACAGAAGAACAGCGGAUGACGUACAGAAGGUGAUAACGCUGUCAAAACUCGAUGAAACGGAACUGACCGAAAUUACCCAAGUCCUGCAGUUUUCACCGGAAAGUGAUGAAACUUCGCACAUUAAAUUACUUGAAUUAGAUUCUCAUUUGUUACAAGCUGUUAAAGAAGGUGACAGCUUAACUUUUCGAGGCUCUGAAGAAGAAUCGGUCGUGCUUUGUUCUAGAAACAGAACAUAUGAUUUACAGGAAGCUGAAACCUCGAAUUCUUUGCUGCUUGUCCCAGAUUGUAAAUUUUCAAAAGAGACAGGUUCAAGUGCAGGCACUUGUAGAAUCUUGCAAGAAACAACAGUCAAGGGUGUUUUUUAUACGUACUUUGAGGUUUCCCAGUGCAGACCACGAUUGAAUAAGCUCCACAAGGUGUUAGCAUCCUCGGCAUUCAAUGGGAAAGAGUGCGAGAGCCUUGUGGACCAAACAACACUGUACAAUUGGGAAAAGCUUGUUCAAGAGAUACAAGCCAGUGAGGAUGAACUCAGAGAGGCACUGUCCAGUUACUUGAUUGUCAACAUUAAUGGUUACUUACGAUCUUUGACGUUUGAGUAUGAGACACAUGCAUUGUCACUGAUGCUUGAUUUAAUAGAUGAAAACUCUUGGGAAAUGGACGAAAUAGACAAGGAGAUGUCAUUCUCUUUGUUGGAGGAACUUAUCCCAGAUUCUGUAUUCCAAGUUUUAUUUCAUGCCUAUGCCGAGCCUAGUGGAAAAACCAAAGAAAAUGGGGAAUCGUUAUUCAGGUACAACGAAGAGAAGGUCUGCAAAUUCCUUGCCAAAGUACUCUUAGCAGCAUCACCUGUCAACAAAUAUGAUGAGUUUAUGGAAGCUUGGAAAAUAGGAACUCCGGACUGUAUGGAACCCAAAGACUCGUGGCUGGGUGGUAUAGCAUUGAUUGUUUUCAAUACUCGGAAAAAUGUUAAAGAAAUCAUCUCUUAUCCAGCAGCAGACUUGCCUGAUGGGAUCAAUCAAAGAUUUGAGGAGCUCUUCAAAACAAAGGAAAAGUGGACAAUUGAAGAAAUCACCCCUUAUAUUUUCGAUCUAACAACAACUAAAACCAACGUUAAUGGCUUGUUGACCAAAUAUGCUAGAUCUUCAAUGUCGAAUGGUAUCAAGUACUACAGUUCAAAGCACUGUAAGUGAUUUAUUACUGGGAUUGGCAAUAGGCCUUGGUCAAGUUGGAUGGUUCAAAAACCCAGCAAAAUUUGCCCAGGGAUGAAGAAAAAUGCACACACAGCGGAAUAACUAGAAAAAAGUGAAAAAAAACUUUGAUCAAAUCAUAUGCAUAAUUUAUUUUGCAUGUAUUUCAUAAUACAUAAUAAACAUUUACACAAAUUUA